AUGUCCAAGAACAUCAAAACCAUUCCAACGUCAGAAUACGACCAUGUCAUAAAGACAGUCCAACACUACGUCGACAGCAUCGCAAAAGCAGACCGAGCCCUCCUCGACCUGGCAUUCCACAAGGAGGCGUCAAUGACCGGCUGGGCCCCGGCUGACGGCACCCUCUCGCUGGGCUCGUACACCAAUCUUCACGCAUUCUUCGACACCUACGGAACGAGCGCGUCCCUCAGGACCCGGUGCGACGUCAUUGGCAUCACGCCCACGACCGCCGUCGUCAAGGUUGAUAUGGAGAAUACCCCCGACGGACCGGCGUAUACGGAUUUUCACACGUUGAUCAAGAUUGAUGGGGGUUGGAAGAUAAUUGCGAAGGUUUUUCAUGCUUACGAGUCUUGA